UUUGCGGAAAAACGAAAAAUGGCAGGAUCGAGGUGCUCCAGUCGAGUGAGAUUAAUGGCCUUUCUUGCACUUUUCGCCACCCUUUUCUUCACCGCGAGCUCUGUUGCUCAAGUGCCACUCCUCAUGUGGUCCAGCGACGGGUUACCACCACUGGCCUCACCUGCAGCUGGUCACAUCACGACCAACGGCCAACUGACGGCCUACUUUACCUCUGCCUUUGGCGCUGGCCCCCACACUGUGCUGCUGUUACUGCAAGAUAAGUUAAGCAAAGAUGACUUCACCGUCUUUGGUGGAGUGUUUGGAAAUAAGCAGGAUAGUGCCUUUCAAAAUCUUGAGGCUGCACUGCAGUCUUCUUCCUCAUCAGUCAUGCUCCCUGCUUUAGAGUGGUCCGACUCCUCUGUCAUCCCAGCUCUGCUGCAAGAGAAGCUGGGGGUCUCGCCUCUGCUUGUAGACGCAGACACUCUGUCACAUCUCAGCAUCAACUCAUCCGCCAGCAAUCUACUGCUCAUCAAUCUUCCUUAUUGUACUGGCUUGGACACGUCUUGCAAGGGCGUCCUGCAUGCCAAUGAUGAAAUUAUUGGGAAAGUUCUAAGUAUAAUGAAAGCCAAAGAUGUCCAGUACACUGCGAUAUACACAGGCCUCCAGCCAUCACGAGUGAUUUCAGAGACAUCUCUGUCCGUCCAGCCGGCCGGGCGAUCCUUGCUCCAAGCUGAGCUGCCCGAUGUCAAACCGCCCAUCAUGUUUAAUGUAUCCGGUAACCCUUGCAUAAUGCUUUGGGCUCAGAAUCUCAGCAUCAGCACUUCAAAAGAUGUGUGGAUCGACCUCGAUGCACAAACACCUUCCAUGUCAGGAUCCAUAUGCAACGACUCCACUUCACUGCUUGUCCUCAGCUAUGAAUCAGGCUACACACUAAGGUUCACAAUGAGUCGGCGAUUCUAUCCGGUGUCUGCACGCUUCUGGUUCACCUUGGAUUCUGUGCAGCUGCAGGCGAACGGUCUAACUGCAUCUUUUAUUGGGAGCCGCAACAUCUACGCCCCUGCAGAGUAUUCCUUCCACUGCCAGUCUGUCACUAGCUUCCGAGAUAUUCUGCUAGUGCCAAACAACACCAACUCCAACACCACUCUGUGGAUGCUCAAUUUCAUCGACUUUCAGAUUCAGGGCUUCGGUUUGGCCAACGGAACCGACUUCUCCUAUGCCAGUGACUGUGCCGGGUUCUUCACCCCGGGGAUCUGGAUGGGGCUGCUGACCGGACUGCUCAUGUUGUUGAUUUUAGUCUACGGUCUGCACAUGAUCAUGCAGGUGACCACCAUGGAUCGAUUUGACGACCCCAAAGGUCCGUCGAUUUCAGUGCCUCAGUCGGAGUAAAGCGCCCCCAGACAUAAACACUCCUCAGUCUGUCAGUGCCUCCGAGGAGAGUCCCUCCUUGUCAUGUAGCUUUUGUGAGCUUGGGCCUUAUUCUUUAAAGAUAUUUGUCCGACACUAGGACCUUUCCCUCCGAUAUUCUCUCCGGUAGAUUUUUUUUUUCUUCCCUGAAUCGUUCCACAGCUGCCUCAUGCAUACUGAUAUCCUGCAGGGCACAUUUCAUUUCCCCUCUCCGUAUUUGCAAGUGCCAAAGUGGAUGCACCUUUUAUAUUCGUUGAUUUUGUGUGCUAAAAGAUGUUUUUGUGCUUUUGUGCUGAGAUUAUGAGCAAUAAUUUCUCGUAACAGAGAACAGAAUGUCUUCUGUACCAACAUGAAUGUGAUCGCUGGAUGCUGGAGGACCUUCACAGACCUCAGUUCUUACUACUUCUGUUUUUCCAACCCAACUGUAAUUUAUUGACUACUGGUUAUAAAUUAAGUGCCUGUAUGCAAAGAGUAGAAUGCUUUUUGUGACUGUUUUGUAAUUGGCUUACAAAAGUAUGCUAAUACUUAUCCUUGGAUUAGUUCUGUUGGCAUUACUCGGACAAAUCCAAGUGCCACCACUUAUAUCCAACAUUUUCUUGACAAAUUAUUUAUUUAUAUAGGAAGUUUACCCCUUGCUUUAGGUUAAUCAAAACCUGAAAUAACAGUGCCUCAGUUCUGAUUUUAUCAAACGUAUUAAUAAUGUGCCAUGACAUGUACAUUGUCUCCAAUUGAAAAUAAAAUAAAAUCUAUACAUUUUGA